AUGUUUUACGAAGAAGAUGAAAGAUUUCUUAAUCCGGAUUUACUUCACGUUGUCCGACGGGAGUUGUAUGCUAUUAACUCAAAUCUGGAAGUGACUCCUUUUGGUUUGAAAUAUGUGCCCACCCAUACUGAAGAUGGAAUACCUAUAAGGAAGUUGUAUGUGUCAAAUUUACCCCCAAAGACAACCCGGGCAGAAUUACAUGGAGUCUUUGCUCAAUAUGGCUUCAUCAAGAGCUGUUGGUUACGAAUGGGAGACAAAGGCCCAAACCGAACUCCAACACCAACAUAUGCAUUUGUUACCUUCAGCAAUCCUGAUGAUGCUCAUAAAGCUCUUCAAGCUCCAAUGCACGAGAAGUCACUGAGAGGUCGGAAUUUACGCAUAUCUCCUGCUGAUAGCUGGCACCAACCUGUGGAAGAAUCCGAUGCUAACUACAAGCCACAACGUGCAUCGCGUCCUCCAAUGCCUCCACAGUCCCGCACCGUUAGGACUCGGCUUGGUGAUCUAAUUACUGUACAACGGUCGCCUAACUUGGAAUGUCCCGCUACAAGUAGUGGGUAUGGUGCAAACAAUGCUUCACUGGAUCUUUCGCCUGAUUAUACGAUUUCGAAGCGACAAAGGGACCUUGAGGAAUUAACAUCCCAUUGUAUCGAUUAUACUGGUUGCGAAUUUCCUACUUUGGGCGAGCUUACUGGCGAAGUCCCCUUAAGACCUCCAAGACCGCUGAAAUCGAUGCAUGUUACUGAGACUAGUGCAGAAGUUGAGACCGAUUCUGAAAAACCAGCUGAGGAUCCUGUUGAAUCUCGUGCAGAAACUCCUACGGGUCUCCCAGACGAUGUCAACAUUCUAGAUAUACUGAACAGAGAUUGUCUUUCACACAUAUUGGCCUUCAUUCCUAUAAGAGAUCUUAUACGUUCCGAAAGUGUCAGUAAAACAUGGCAGAACAUGGUCCGUGAAUACCUUGAUGGUAUUCGCAUAUUUAAGACGUCCUGGUGGCAGCACGUUCCCGUGAUGCUAACAACCGCGGUGUUGCGACGCGUGUUGCAGCGGGUGGGUACGUCGCUGACGCGCCUGCAUAUCGACCACCACUGGUCUGCGCUCAACGACCGCACUGCACACACUGUCGGCAAGUUCUGCCCUAACCUAGAGGAACUUAAGAUUGUUGGUAUGCAUACAAGAAAUUGGAACCCAUUAAUUUACGGAUGUAAGCAGUUGAAGAUCCUGUCUUUUGUAUCUUGCAAUAAGCUUACUGAUUCGAGUUUAGUCCAUUUAGUCAAAAGCGAGUGCAUCGAAAGCUUGACUGUAGCAAACAAUACCCACGUUACUGGACUAUUUCUCACGGGUUCGAAUCCGGAAAAAUUAAGCUCUCUUGCAUUUUAUAAUUGCUACAGCCUUCAGGGUACAGUGCUUAGCGCCGCCAUGGACAGUUUGCCGAUGCUCACUUCGUUGAAACUUGACGUGUGUCCUCAUACCAUGUGGAAGAUUAUACCUUUGAUACUAAGCAAGCUACCGAAACUUGAAGAGCUGUCAUUGAGCGAGUAUAUAUCUGUAGAAAUAUGCUUCUCGCCCCAAUGCAACGACGCGUUCUGUGAUGCGCUCGCGACAUUAUCCGAAUUGAAGAUAUUAAAUGUGAGCCGCAACAUCUAUAUAACAAACGCUGUUCUGAAGCGGGUCGCUCAGUGCUGUCCCAAAUUGGAGUCGCUAAACAUCUCCAGCUGUAACUCUCGAAAGAUUUUCCCCCACCCAGGCGUGGGCGACGAGGGCGUGUCGGCGGUGUGCCGCGGCUGCCGCUGGCUGGGCGCGCUGGACGUGUCGUACCUGGGCUCGCUCACGGACGCGGGGCUGCGCGCCGCGGCGGGGCUGACGCGCCUGUCGCGGCUCACGGCGCGCGGCAACCCCGCGCUCUCCGCCGCGCCGCUCGCCGCCGCGCUCGCCGCCUGCCCGCUGCUGCAAGAAGUUGAUGUAUGUGGUUGCGAUGGUGUAUCCGAGGAAGUAGUGGUCGCAGCAGUACGAGCCCUAGAGGACAAGCCGCGCCCGCUGUUGUUGCGCCUAGCAGGCACUGCUGCCGCGUCUGAGAUGCAGCAAGAGAUUCCAUCCCAUAAGCUAUUGACUGUAGAUGUUCACGACGACCGUAGUAACCCUCAUCUCCGACCUGAUUUCGUAGAUCGGAUUUUUGAAGAUAGUUCUGAUGAUUCUCUUGGCGAUCUCAACGAUCACGACGAUUUCGACGAUUUCUUUGGACCAGAUGAACCUUUCUUGGACGACGAGCUGGAUGACUUCGAGGGUCUUUAUCAAUUCGGCUUAAACGCGCCAGACAUUAUACUGCUUUAA